GCACGUGUUCCAGUGGUUGCACUUAUCCGGGUUGAACAUGGCCGAGAUGGAGACGCAAAACACCGGGACGGAGGACGGCUUUACUCCCGUCACGCACAGAGGGGGCCGCCGGGCGAAGAAGCGACAGGCUGAGCAAUCGUCAGCGGCGGGACAGGAUGGAGACGCUGGACGCAUGGACACGGAGGAGGCGCGGCCGGCGAAGAGGCCGGUCUUCCCGCCGCUCUCGGGAGAUCAGCUCCUGACUGGGAAAGAAGAAACGAGAAAAAUUCCCGUCCCAGCUAACAGAUACACACCAUUAAAAGAAAACUGGAUGAAGAUAUUUACCCCGAUUGUUGAACAUUUAGGACUUCAGAUACGCUUUAACCUGAAAUCAAGGAAUGUAGAAAUAAGGACUUGUAAAGACACCAAGGAUGUCAGUGCCCUGACCAAAGCCGCCGACUUUGUGAAAGCCUUUGUUCUUGGCUUUCAGGUAGAGGAUGCGCUUGCCCUUAUCCGUCUAGAUGACCUCUUCCUAGAAUCUUUUGAAAUAACUGAUGUUAAGCCCCUGAAAGGAGAUCACCUGUCCAGGGCAAUAGGAAGAAUCGCUGGCAAAGGAGGCAAAACCAAGUUUACCAUAGAGAAUGUGACGCGGACACGGAUUGUCUUGGCAGAUGUGAAAGUUCACAUUCUGGGCUCUUUCCAAAACAUCAAGAUGGCAAGGACGGCCAUUUGCAACCUCAUCCUAGGAAACCCUCCAUCAAAGGUGUAUGGCAAUAUCCGAGCUGUGGCCAGCAGAUCAGCAGAUCGGUUCUGAGUCCCAUGGACCCUUUAGAUGUUCACAUAAAGCCACACACGGGAGGAAUUUUCCAGCCACCUAAAGCUCAGGUUCCUUCUCAGCUCUCAGCCAGAGCAGAAGCAGAAAAGGAAGGUUGAACAGGACUUGAACUCAGCUGCUUCUUGGAUAAUUUAAAUAUGUAAUACUGAAAAGUACAACAGUUUAUAAGUAAACCACUCGGGGCAGAUUUGCAGUUUAAAACCCUGUCAUUUAGAGGCAACUUACAUGCUUAAAACUUUUUGAUUAUAGAUUUACAGCUAAACUUAUAUAAACUCUGAAAUUUUUAAUUAAAAAUGAAUCGGUUCUUGGUACUGGGCACUGACUCUCCCUCCGGGUUGGGUCGUGGCAGUGGCUUGCACUGUUGAACUGUGUGCUCUUCUGCACUUCUGAACACUUUAUAAAACGAAAGCCCUGCAUCCCAAGGCCAAUAAAUAUUUUUCAAAUAAGUAAUGAAAGAUGUUAGAUGUAUUUCUCUUGUACGGUAAAGGUAAAACUGUUCUCCAAACGGUGUAUUCUUGUAACUAGUGUCUGUAUAUGAAUUUGACGCUAUUUUUUACAUUGUUUUAGAACCCCCUUCUAAACCUGUGACUUAGAUACUAUAAUCCCUUGUUUCUCAAAAGCCUUAACCAAAACACUGUAAUGAUUGGAGGUCAGGAAACUCAUGCAGUAACUAAAAAUAGUACUUUUAAAAAGUUAA